UGUGUGUGUGUGUGUGUGUGUGUGUGUGUGUGUGUGUGUGUGUUCAGGCUGAUCGAUCGGCUGGCAGACUGACUGGAUCCAUGAUGGAACUACAGACCCUGCAGGAGGCUCUGAAGGUGGAGAUCCAGAUCCAUCAGAAACUCGUGGCUCAGAUGAAGCAGGAUCCUCAGAACGCAGAUCUGAAGAAGCAGCUCCACGAACUGCAGGCGAAGAUCACAGCUCUCAGCGAGAAGCAGAAAAAGGUGGUGGAGCAGCUGAGGAAGGAGCUGCUGGUGAAGCAGGAGCCAGAGGCCAAGCUGCAGCUGCAGGUCCAGACCCCGCCAGCAGGGGGCGACGUGAAGCCGGCCAACCUGCUGCAGAGUCAGCAGAUACCUGGAGGGCUGCAGCAGGUGGGCGGGUUCACACACAGGUCGCAGACGCUGACCGUCACGCCGGUCCUCACCACCAAGACUCUACCUCUGGUGCUUAAAGCUGCCGCCACGCCCGCCCUCCCCGGCGCCAUCCUGUCCUCGCAGCGUCCGGCCGCUGUGGCCAUGGUGACCACGACCAUCGCCAAACCCGACCUGCAGAACGCCCCCAUCAACCUGCAGGUGGCCGGCAAGCUGACCAAUCAGAGCGCGGAGCCCAUACGCCUGGUGUCCAAGAACGCCGUGGUGGUGCAGGCCGCCGCCACGUCCUCCCGGCCAAUCAAAGUCCCCCAGUUUGUCCCUCCUCCUAGACUGACGCCUCGGCCCGCCUUUCAGCCACAGCAGGUCAGGCCGAGACUGGCCACGCCCACCAACGUCCCCAUUGCCCCGGCCCCUCCCCCGCCCAUGAUGGCGGCCCCCCAGCUGCUGCAGAGGCCCGUCAUGUUGGCGACCAAGCUGUCCACCUCGCUGCCCUCCUCGGCUCCCAUCCACCAGGUCCGCAUCGUCAACGGGCAGCCCUGCGGCAAGACAGGCUCCGCCCCCCUGACCGGCAUCGUCAUCACCACGCCCGUCUCCGCCGCCCCCGCCCGCCUCGCUUGCCCCGCCCAGCUGCCCGGCAACCCCGCCCCGAUCCCCGCCCCUCCUCUUCCUGCCCCGCCCAUCCAGAUCAGCAGCCUGACCCCCGAGCCCAAGCAGACUGUUAAAGUGGAAGCAGCCGAGCAGAAGGCAGUCGUCAGCCUGCCGUCCUCCUCCACCCCCCCGCUGUCUCCACCCCCCAGACCCAAAAAGGAGGAGAACCCAGAGAAACUGGCCUUCAUGGUGUCUUUGGGUCUGGUCACACACGACCACCUGGAAGAGAUUCAGAGCAAACGACAGGAGAGGAAGAGGAGAACGACGGCCAACCCGGUGUACAGCGGCGCCGUGUUCGAGCCUGAGAGGAAAAAGAGUGCAGUGAGUUACCUGAACAGCCCUCUGCACCAGGGGACCAGGAAGAGAGGUCGCCCACCCAAAUACAGCAGCGUGUCGGAGCUGGGCAGCCUCACCCCGACCUCCCCCUCCAGCCCCGUCCGUCCCCUCCCCCUGCCCAGCCCCAGCUCUGGGGAUGGAGACAUCCACGAGGAUUUCUGCACAGUGUGCAGGCGCAGUGGCCAGUUGCUCAUGUGCGACACGUGUUCUCGUGUUUAUCACCUGGACUGCCUGGACCCCCCCCUGAAAACCAUUCCUAAAGGCAUGUGGAUCUGUCCAAAAUGUCAAGAUCAGAUCCUGAAGAAAGAAGAGGCCAUCCCCUGGCCCGGCACGCUGGCCAUCGUCCACUCCUACAUCGCCUACAAAGAAGCUAAAGAGGAGGAGAAGCAGAAGCUGAUGAAGUGGAGUUCAGAGCUGAAGGUGGAGCGCGAGCAGCUGGAGCAGAGAGUCAAACAGCUCAGUAACUCCAUAACGAAAUGCAUGGAGACCAAAAACACCAUCCUGGCUCGUCAGAAGGACAUGCAGGUGUCUCUGGACAAAGUCAAACACCUGAUUCGCCUCAUUCAAGCCUUCAACUUCAACCAGGCGCUGGCAGAGAUGGAGAGGAAGGACAUCCGGGUCCAGGACUGUCCCCAGCUGGGUCCUCUGGUGGGUCCUCCGGUGAACCCUCCGGUGGGUCCUCAGGUGGGUCCUCAGGUGUCCCCUCAGGUGGCCCCUCAGGUGGCCCCUCAGGUGGGCUCUGAAGCUGCACCUGAGUCCAACUGUGUGGAGCAGAAUGCAGGAGGAGGCUUGUCAGCCAGCAGCAAACAGGAGGAGACAGGAGGAGGCGCUGGCUGUCCGUCCAACAGCUCCGUCCAGACUAACUGUCCUGGGGGCGGGGCAGGGGGCGGGCCAGGGGGGAAGGUGGAGCCUGGGCUCGAGGGUCACACAGAAACAGGUCUCCACGUGGAGCCGGAGCCUGAGACUGAGGCGGCUCCGCCGGCCGACGUCGUCCCCGCCGCCGCCACCAACGGGACGAGCGAGCCCCAGGACAGCCCCACGGGGGGCUGCGCCACCAACCCCACCACCAACUCUGAGAACAAGAUGGCUGCCCUCAGCCCGGCGGAGACGAGCGUGGAGGAGAUUAACGACAGCAGCAACAACAGUAAAACCUCAGAACCCUCCCAGCAUCGUUUGCCAGCUCUCCUCAGCAGUUUGGGCGAGAAAAAGUAACGCUCGGCCUCCUCGGCUGCAGGAACUCCAACAUAUAUAUUAAAAAAAGACUCUGCUUGCACCUGAGGGUGCCCUGAAGUUGCCAAUCUGUAUAAAUGUUGUUUGUUUGCAUCGUAUUGUCAGACUGUGUCAAUGGUAGAUGUACAGCCCAGGUCACGUGACUCCGGGUGCGCCUGUCCAGGACGCCGUCGCACCCGUGUCAUCAUGCCAAUUAGUGAUAGACGUCAUGGUGGGACGCUCAAAGGGAGAUUUAACUCAUCAUCACACCGGUGUGUGCCUGUUACAGUGGCCCCCCGUGUUCUGUAGUGGGGAGGGUCCGAAGACGCCCGAGAACACGAAAGCAGACAUCUUUCAGGGGUCGCUGGUCCAAGAAGCAGUGUUGUAAUAGUUUGUGUAAGAAAAGACAACCUGUCGGUGUCCUCGUCCCCCCGUGGGAACGACGUUCUGAUCCCCGCCCCCCCAUCCUGAGCCAGUCCAAACAUAUCACCGCUGUAAAGGUCCAACAGAACUGAUCCGUGGGAUCUGUCUGAGCUGAGACUCAAACGGUUAAACUUCUCCUGUUGAUUAUAAAUCAUUAGUGAGACGGUUUUACAAAGUCUGGGUAAGAAACACGUAUUUUCUGUCUCCAACAGCUCACAGAUAUAAAAACAGGAAACGGUCUAAGUGGAACUCUUUCUGUCUGUGGGGACGGAUUCAAAGCUUCUGACUCCUCUGUGUUUAAACUCUGUCCCAGAGCUCGGGCCGGGGGGGGCGCGCCGACGGAGCGUCGGUCCCGUGGGCUCCGGGGACGAGGCGGGACGGGUGCGGUAGCCUAACAGACGUGUUCAGUGGUGUCGGUCAAGUGUAGUGAUUGAGAUUUUCAUUCGUGUGUCAACUGUGAGCACUAAAUGUGAAACUGCAAUAUUGCAAAAGUCAACUCACACAAACUA